GGCAAGCAGAACGGUUGUGGCGGCAGCAGCCCGAGGAGCGGUGAGGCAUUCGGGUGGCGGGAACCGCGGUCAUGGACCAUAUCACGGUGCCCAAGGUAGAAAACGUGAAAUUACUGGAUCGUUAUGUAGGUAAGAAACCAGCUAAUGGGAGUCUAUAUCUUACUGCAACCCACCUGAUCUAUAUGGAGGCUUCUGGUGCAGCCCGAAAAGAGACAUGGAUUGCACUGCAUCAUAUUGCCACUGUGGAGAAGUUGUCCAUCACUAGCCUGGGUUGUCCCCUGAUCCUCCGCUGUAAGAACUUCCGGGUGGCCCACUUUGUUUUAGAAUCUGACGUUGUGUGCCAUGAGGUUUACAUUUCACUGUUAAAGCUUUCUCAGCCAGCAUUACAUGAAGAUCUGUAUGCUUUUUCUUACAAUCCCAAAUCCUCAAAAGAGAUGAGGGAAAAUGGAUGGAAGCUGAUUGACCCAAUAUCAGACUUUGGACGUAUGGGACUUCCUAACAGGUACUGGACCAUAACAGACGCCAACAGAAACUAUGAGAUAUGCAGUACCUACCCUCCUGAAAUAGUGGUUCCUAAAUCUGUUACAUUGGGAACGGUGGUUGGAAGUUCGAAGUUCAGAAGUAAAGAACGUGUGCCUGUGCUCUCCUACCUCUACAAAGAGAACAAUGCUGCCAUUUGCCGCUGUAGCCAGCCUCUGUCUGGAUUUUAUACUCGUUGCAUAGAUGAUGAGCUCCUGCUAGAGGCUAUUAGCCAGACGAACCCAGGGAGCCAGUUUAUGUAUGUUGUAGACACCAGACCAAAGUUAAAUGCCAUGGCCAACCGAGCAGCUGGGAAGGGGUAUGAAAAAGAAGACAACUAUUCCAACAUUCGCUUCAGGUUCAUGGGCAUUGAGAACAUCCAUGUGAUGCGGAGCAGCCUGCAGAAACUCUUGGAAGUUUGUGAAUUGAAAACUCCAACAAUGAGUGAAUUUCUUAGCGGCCUGGAGAGCUCAGGGUGGUUGAGACACAUUAAAGCUAUUAUGGAUGCUGGAAUUUUCAUUGCAAAGGCAGUGAAGGUAGAAAAGACCAAUGUCUUAGUCCAUUGUUCUGAUGGGUGGGACCGCACAGCACAGGUCUGCUCUGUGGCCAGCAUCCUCCUAGAUCCAUUUUAUAGGACAUUCAAAGGACUCAUGAUCCUGAUAGAGAAGGAAUGGAUAUCCAUGGGCCACAAGUUCUCCCAAAGGUGUGGCCACCUGGAUGGGGACUCUAAAGAAGUAUCCCCUAUCUUCACACAGUUCCUAGACUGUAUCUGGCAAUUAAUGGAACAAUUUCCUUGUGCCUUUGAGUUUAAUGAAAAUUUCUUGCUGGAAAUUCAUGACCAUGUUUUCUCCUGCCAGUUUGGGAACUUCCUUGGAAACUGCCAGAAGGAUCGAGAAGAUCUGAGAAUCUAUGAGAAAACCCAUUCCGUGUGGCCUUUCUUGGUUCAGAGGAAACCAGACUUCAGGAACCCUCUCUAUAAAGGCUUCACUGUGUAUGGGGUACUCAAUCCUAGUACUGUGCCCUACAACAUUCAGUUCUGGUGUGGGAUGUAUAACCGCUUUGACAAAGGGCUGCAGCCCAAGCAGAGUAUGCUAGAGAGCCUCUUGGAAAUUAAGAAGCAGAGAUCAAUGCUGGAGGCAGAUGUGCACAAACUAGAAAAGAAAGUGAAAGCCCAUGAUGAGCCACCAGAAGAAGUCUGUACCUGCUCUCAAUUAGGGCGUUUAUUAUCUCAACACCUGGGAACUCCUUUAACCAAUCCUCUCAGCUUUAUGGGUAUUGAUGGAGACCUGAAUACCUUGAUGGAGAAUGGCACUCUUUCUAGGGAAGGAGGCCUUCGAGUUCAGAUGGAUCAAGUAAAAAGCCAGUGUGCAGACCUCCACCCUGACUAUUAUGGGACCAUGGGCAACCUUAGGGCCAUAAACAUUUCUGGGGAUGUCGGCUUCUCUGGAGACACAGGCAUUUCUGGGGUCUCAGGCAUCUCUGGCAACACGGGCACCUCUGAGGCUAUGGGCUUCUAUGAAGACAUCAGCAUCUCUGGGGCCAUGAGCUUCUCUGGGACCACAGGCCUCUCUGAAGACACAGGACUCUCUAAGGCCAUCAUCAAGGAGGCAGGUUUCUCUAAGCAACAGUGAGCUAUUCAUCUGCUUCCAUAUUAGGUGCACCUGCAACACCCACAAUGAUCCUUGUCUCAAAAAAAGGCUGUGCUGCUUUUCUAAUUGGAUUAAAUGGGCAAGGCCAGGGCACCCCUCCUCCCACUUAAGAGUCUGAAAGGGGAUUUAGGGCCUUUACUAGUUAAGCAACCAGUAUAUGCAUGUCAAGCAGCCCAGAAUA